GCGUCUGGAGGUUUUCGCCGCAGAGGUAACCACAGCAGCGGGUCUUUCAGAAGAAUGGGGCUCCGGCUGGCGGGGCACCAAUUUCCUCGUGGAGGUCGAGCAGACAGCUCCCAUUUCGCCGCCCUCGUCGUCCUCGGCGUCCUCGAAUGGCAGCGAGGAUUAUUUGGGGGAGCUGGGGAGCCAGGAGGUGGACGACGGAUUCACAACAGGUGCCACAACUGGAGCCUCCAAUGCCACCGCGGUGGAAACAGGACCCAAGAUCAUCGUGCGCACCGAGGAGGUACUGAUUGUGGGCCUGGUCCUGGUCCUCUGGGUGGGCGCCAUCAUGCUCUUCUUCAAUCGCUGGGGCAAGAUCCGCAUGCUGGAGCCCUACCAGCCCAAGUUCCAGCAGCAGCAUCGCAGCUCCUGUCCGCUGGUCGACUUGGAUGCUGUUACCACGCACCAGCGCUCCUCCGUGUCCCGCAUGUCGAUGGGCAUGGUGCACAAUCUCAAUAUGCCGACGUGUCAAUUUGCGGCCUAUAAUCCCAACAUUUAUGCCAAGGGUUACGUCUCGCAUGUUUCGGCGUCGCGUCCCCGCCAGAAUUCGGUGUUUGUGGGGGCCAGUACCAGUCACUAUCUGAUGCCCAGGCCCCCGAGGAAGACCAGGUCGGCGAUGGACCUGCACUCGAUGGUGCUGGACGAGAGUGCCGAGCAGGUGUAGGAUUCCAGGGCAUGUCCUGUGGCCAAGGAUCCUUGGGAGCGUGUGCUAAGUCAGUCUGUAAGUCGGUGAGGUGUGAGUGCGCGUGUGUGGUCCAUUUUCUCUUUGGCCCGAAGUGCAGAAAACAUUUGUAGAGGUGCGUGAAAGUAUGCCAUAUAUUUUGAGCUUGUCACAGCAAGUUCUUGAGUGGUUCUACAGCUUUCUGAUGCACUUCGGUAUACUUUUCAGAUGUACAUCCUACAUUCUUAGCUAGCUGCAUUACUAAGAACUUUCUAUUCUACAGUUGCUACUUUAUUUGCUUGCUGUAUGAGUGCUACCAAAACUUGCCUUGGUAACAGUACAGCAAACAGUAUUCAAAAGGCCAGAAGAGAAUGGAUUGAGAAUGGCGUUUCCUUUGUAUUAGAGUGCCUACAAUUGAGAGAAUUCGGAAUGAUAGCACUGUCCAACACUGGCAACUAUACACGAGCAUACUUGCCACUCACAACUAACUCUAUUCCAUUUCCCAGCUAUCUCUGUCGCACACACUUUAGUUUCUGUGCUGGCACAGAGUCAAUUUGAGUCAAUUUUUUUUGGACCACCUAACACACAAAAUGAUAAACAAGGAAAGUAAUUAAAAACGUACCGAAAAUAUGUAGAAGUAUCUAUCUUAGCGUAUUCUAUUAGCCCUAUCCAGUGUUACUCAACGUAGUCCGUAUCCUAACCCGAUUUUCCUAGCGCGUUUCUCCUACUUCACAUUAUUGGCUACCAGAGCAAAUUGUUAAUGAUAACAUAUGUAUGUAUACACGUUAAGUAAAUAAAUGUACGAGUACGAGUAUCUGCGAAACUGUUUAGUUCGUAAGCCCAAAGCUCAAAAUCGGAUCAGCAUACUCAUCAGAACUCCAAACUUGACCAAAGUACCCGUGUUAAUAUCUUUUCCCAGCACCUCUGUACUGCACUUUAAAAUGUAUCGUAACUUAAGUAAUUUCGACCAACAAAAGCCGGAAAAGUCGCAGAUUGGGAGAAGAAUGAGGCAGGCGCAUAUUGGGAGGUGGAGGAGGUGGAAGGAACAACUAACUAACGAAAGCUUUAAAUUCCUGGGGUCUCCUGGGGACCCGCAAUACCAAAAACCCAUCCAGAUCGAAGUAAACUAAACCAAAGCUGCGAAUUAUAUUUAAGGCCUAUGAUAACUACAGACGUGUGUAAGUCUCUACCAAAAGUCUAGUUGAAAAUAUGCGGAUCAAUGUACACUUUACCAAAACUAAUGGAAUAUAGCCUCAACUUAAAUAUAACUCACACACUCAGACAGUUUUUCCCCACAAAUCUGAAAGUAAACGAAUAAAUUGUUGAAUAUUAAUGUUAAAUUAACUUGUUUACAAUAUUUACAAGGGCCUGAGCAAAACCAAUUAUAUAUACACUCGUGUAAUAUAUCAAAAACUAAACUAUGUAUACAUCAAAUAUUUAUACA